AUGGCGGAGCUGAAGCGGCUGUCGGAGAGCCGCGACCUAACCCGCAUCGAGCGCAUAGGCGCGCACUCCCACAUCCGGGGGCUGGGGCUGGACUCCUCCAUCGAGGCCCGCGAUGCCUCGGAGGGGAUGGUCGGCCAGCUCCCCGCGCGCCGCGCCGCUGGACUCAUCCUCCAGCUCAUCCGCCAGGGGAAGAUCGCCGGCCGCGCCGUCCUCCUCGCAGGGCAGCCAGGGACCGGCAAGACCGCCCUCGCCAUGGGCAUCGCCAAGUCGCUCGGCGCCGAGACGCCCUUCGCCUCCGUCGCUGCCUCCGAGCUCUUCUCCCUCGACCUCUCCAAGACCGAGGCGCUCACCCAGGCGUUCCGCCGCGCCAUUGGCGUUCGCAUCAAGGAGGAGGCGGAGAUCAUUGAGGGCGAGGUCGUUGAGAUCUCAAUCGACCGCCCUGUCUCCGCCAGUAGCUCGGGCAUACCUUCAGGUGCUACCGCGGCCGGCAAGACUGGAAGGCUCACGCUGAAGACCACGGACAUGGAGACGGUGUAUGAGCUGGGUGGGAAGAUGAUUGAGGCCCUGGGGAAGGAGAAGGUACAGAGCGGGGAUGUGAUUGCGCUGGACAAGGCCUCCGGGAAGGUUAUCAAGCUUGGCCGCUCCAUUGGGAGGUCACGGGAUUAUGAUGCUGUUGGUGCGCACACCAAGUUUGUCAAGUGCCCUGAAGGAGAGCUCCAGAAGCGCAAGGAGGUUAUGCACUGCGUUACCUUACAUGAGAUUGAUGUCAUCAAUAGCAGGACACAAGGCUUCCUUGCACUUUUCACUGGUGACACUGGUGAGAUUCGUGCAGAGGUUAGGGAGCAGAUCGACACAAAAGUUGCCGAAUGGAGAGAGGAAGGGAAGGCUGAGAUCGUCCCUGGCGUUCUGUUUAUCGAUGAAGUCCACAUGCUGGACAUUGAAUGCUUCUCCUUCCUCAACCGUGCUCUGGAGAAUGACAUGGCUCCGAUCCUUGUUAUUGCGACGAAUCGAGGUAUUACAACAAUACGCGGGACCAACUACCGGUCACCACAUGGUAUACCGUCGGAUUUUCUCGACCGCCUCUUGAUCAUCACAACACAACCAUACACGGUGGAGGAGAUCAGGAAGAUCUUAGACAUCAGGUGCGAGGAAGAAGACGUUGAAAUGUCUGCUGAGGGCAAGGAUCUGCUCACAAAGAUUGGCACCGAGACCUCCCUCAGGUACGCAAUCCAGCUGAUCACUUCUGCCGGCCUGGCUUGCCAGAAGCGCAAGGGCAAGGUGGUGGAGAUGGAGGAUAUAAGCCGGGUGUACCACCUGUUUCUGGACGUGAAGAGAUCGACGCAGUUCUUGAUCGACAGCCAGAGCGACUACAUGUUCAGUGAAGUGCAAGGGGAUUCAGAUGGGGAUGACGCCAUGCAGUCCUAG